AUGUUUGGUGCAGGGGUAUUUUGGUGCAACAAGGGAUGCAGCUGGUUGGACUUGAUGAACGGCGUCGCACGAGAAGGUGGUCGUGAGGAUGGGACAGGUGCAGAAGAGCCAAGAGUGGAAGAGUUGAGCCAGUUUGGCUCAGAAAUGCGAUGUGUAGGCAUGGUUGCCACAGUGCACAAGUGCCUGCACGCUGGUGGAGGCGAUGGCUUGUCCCAGUGGUACAUAAGGGCUGCAUACGACGCCAGUCAAACUCAUUUGACGGCAUGUUGGAUGUUGGACUGGAGCUGUAUCUGGAAUUCAGCUGAUUCAGCAUGGCUGGUUGAAAAAUCGCGGGCAUCUCUGCUUGGUCGACGAGUUUCAAGCCGCUUGCAAAGGGGAGAGAAGGAAAUGAGGUCGACAUCGCGGACAUUGGGGAAUCCUGCAACAUCGGGGAGCUGCCCCUCCCAAGGCUGGAGGCACGAGAUUGGAGAGCUGAAAAUUGGCCAUAUGAAAUUAUCAGCGCCGUUUGGAUCAUACAUUUCGUCCGCGCAUCCAGAAGUCGACGUCAAAGGAGAUGGCUUGUCAGAGCUCGCUGGGCGCGCCACGCACAAACCGCUGCCCACUCCUUCUGUCGCCCACGCCGCGCACACGCACGCCUCUGCCUCCGCCUCCAUGCAUGCCUUCUGCUCCCCACAUCACGCGCGUGCACGCAGCUCUCCGCCCUUGCUGUCACUCGCACUACACACGCGCACAUCGCUGCCGCCGACUCCGGACCGCCCUUGCGUCCAGUCGCUUGCACCGCGCACGCAGCCCGCCACACACCCCUACUGUUUCCCACACCGCGUACACGCACGCCGCCUCUGCUGCCCAAACCGCACACAGCCCGCCACCUACCGCCUCUGCCUCCGGACCGCGUUCGCACCCGCAUCGUGCACGCCGCCGACUGCGCCUCCGCCUCUGGACCGCCCGCCUCCCAUCAUCUCUGCUGCCUGCACCGCACGCGUGCACGCCGCCGCUCCUGUAUACCUUAUUUCAUACUUAAUGUUACUAUACCCGUGCUAUUGA